CUAAGACAGUUCAAAGGUAAAGGAAAAUGUGUAUCUUCAGGUUUAAGUUGAAUCUUCGCUUCCUGUGCUUCAUUUGUCGACCAACGUAUGAACAGAAGUACAGAUCUUACGUUGGUCAAAAUAACAUCAAACCGAACAUCAUGGCCCCUAAAAAAAUCUGUGUUAUAGGAUCAGGUAACUGGGGUACAGUUAUUGCCAAAAUUGUGGGCACCACUUCUUUGAAUUUGCCCUCAGAGUUUGACCCAACAAUCAACAUGUGGGUAUUUGAAGAAAUAGUGGAUGGAGAGAAGUUGUCACACAUCAUCAAUACAAGACAUGAAAAUGUCAAGUAUUUGAAAGGAAUACAGUUACCAGAGAAAGUGGUGGCAGUAACAGAUGUUAUAGAGGCUUCUGCAGGUGCUGAUAUUUUAAUAUUUGUGUUACCUCAUCAGUUUGUUAGAGGUGUUUGUGAGAAGUUGAAAGGACAUGUUAAACCUGAUUGUGUAGCUGUAACAUUAAUUAAAGGCUUUGAAGUUGCGGAGGGAGGAGGCAUACUACUGAUAUCUACUGUCAUUAGCUCUAUUCUAAAUAUCCGCACUGCUGUAUUGAUGGGUGCUAACAUUGCAAAUGAAGUGGCCUUAGAACACUACUGUGAAGCUACUAUUGGUUGUUCAGAUUACCAGCUUGGUCAGAGUCUUAAGUCUGUCUUUGAGACGAGCUAUUUUCGAAUUGUAGUAGUUGAAGAUGUCUUAACUGUAGAAGUAUGUGGUGCAUUGAAAAAUGUUGUGGCCACAGCAGCUGGCUUCAGCGAUGGAUUAGGAUAUGGUGACAAUACAAAGGCUGCUGUGAUAAGAUUAGGUCUGAUGGAAAUGAUUCGCUUCUGUGAGCUGUUUUACCCUGGCUCAAAGCUACAAACAUUUUUUGAAAGUUGUGGAAUAGCUGACCUCAUCACUACCUGCUAUGGAGGCAGGAAUCGAAAAGUAGCAGAGGCUUUUGCCAGGACUGGAAGACCAUUAGAUGUACUAGAGAAAGAGAUACUUAAUGGUCAGUUACUUCAAGGUCCACCCACGGCUGCAGAAGUCAACCACAUGUUGAAGGCUAAAAAUAUGGAAGAUCAAUUUCCACUUUUUACGGCUGUUCAUAAAAUUUGUAUAGGAGAACAGCAAGUGGGAGAUCUUUUGGUAUGUCUGAAAAAUCAUCCAGAACAUAAGUAGUUGAAUGUCAUCCCAACAGUCUCUAGUUAGGAAGGAGUUGUGAGGAAUCAAGUCAUUCUAUUGCUCAAGUCAAAAACAUCAUUAUCAGUUGCAUUGAAACCUUUGAAGAAGCUUUUCACAUAAACAUGUUUUGUUAUUUCAGUCAUUUUUUAGUUAGGUACAGGGUAGUUUUCCAUUAAGACAUUUAUUUGUGUGAAACAAUUGUUUUAAGGGGGUCUAUACAAAUGAUAUAAAGCAACAGAUUUAUAAGGGUUUUUUUUGGCCAGAAACUUGCGUGUCCACAUCUUAACUUACAAGAUAAACUUUUUUUUUUUGGUUUCAUUUUUUUUUAAAAGUACUUCCCCUCCCCAUCAUGACUUACAUAGUCUGUCAUAAUCAAAUGGCAUUUUUUUAUUUUCAUCCAGAGUGGCAGCCAAUCCACCUUUUUUUAUGUGGUGUCUUUAAGUUGAUUACUGGCUGGGAUUCCAUCAUAGGAUGUGAAAAGCUAAAAGCUUAAUACCUUUUGGUCUCAUUAAGAUCAUUUUCUCUAGGAUGUUGUCUCUGAAUAGCUGUAACAUAUACUAUUACUGUGUUACAUGUCACUGAAACUCACAAAGCCAUUGUUAUUAAUUGGUUCUGACAAAAGUUAAAUCAAUCAUUUAUGGUCUAAUUUAGGAUGCUGUUAACCUAAUAGCUACUUUAUCCAUUUUUAAAUCCAGCUACUUUAUCCAUUUGUAAAAAGUUGUGCCCUUUAAACUCCUAAGCAAAAAGUAGCUUAAAAAAUAUUAUAAUGAAAAAAACAACAACAAAUAGAACAAUAGGCUUUAAAAAAUAUACUUUUUAAUUCCUUUCAAACAAAAAAUAAAAUAUCUUUAUAAACACUGUGGUAUUGACACUUUCAUUUUAAAAAUGAGAAAGCUAUACACAUCCUAUUUUUUUUUUUUUUUUUUUUAAUGAACACAAUUUAUGUUCUUGCUCUGGAUAAACAUGAGAUCAUAUGAAAGUUUAAAACUUGCUGGUAACUUCCUAUUGCAUUGUUCUGCGUUACUAGUCUACUGAAAAUGCAGCAUUCUAUCGUUAUUAGAUUAAUCAUUUAAUUUAAUAAUUACCUCAAGAGAUUGAUAUUGGUGAGUAUUGAUAUCUUCUCCUUCCCUACAGUGGGACUACUUCCCUCACCCUGGUUCACACUGAUCUCUUCCUAAGUUUGUGGUCAUCUUUUCUCUAUCCCUUGUUUUUAUAGCAUAGCAUACCAUCCAGGGGCAUUCAGUUUAUUGUGCAUUUGUCUUACUUUAUGAAAACAUGUGUGACAGCAUUAGAAGCUGAACAAAAGCAUUUUAUCUGAUAACACAUGAAUAUGAAGUAUGUUUUUAUAACUAAGUAACUAACUAGAGAAUUGAUCAUUUAAAAAAACUGAUGCAUUUUGUCUGAUAACAUUUGUACAUAUAUUAUUCUAAGUAACUAGAAUAACUCAAGAAUCAAUCAUGUCUUUUGAAAAGCAUUAAAAGGAAAUGAGCUUUCUCUUUUGUGUUUCAUUCCACUUUUGGUUUCAGUUAUGUUUACUUUUCUUUUAUUGACUUUGCAACAAUCAAUCCAACAGCUUCUUGAUCUAGUUUGAACAAGUUGCAUUCAAAUAAUUGAAGAUCAUGUUUAAACAUUUGGUGAUAUGGAUUGACAGAAAAUAUUUUUAUAAAUAUUUUAAGAUGUAAUGUUCAUAAGGCUAAUUGUUUUCAUUUUAAAAAAAGGUUAAAAUAUUAAAAUCUUAGAUACCGCUGAGGAAAUGAUGUUUUAAAAUUUCAAUUCACUAGAACAGACUAGGGGAUGUUUGGAUCUUACCUGACGCUAAACAUUAGCUCGUGGUAUAGACCUUCUGUGAAAGUCAAGGGAUCACUGUACCUGUUAUUUCAUUUAAAUAUUUUUGUUUUGCUAUGUAACAAAUCUUCAAACACCACCCCCCCCCCUUUCCUUGUAACAAAUGUAUACCCUCCUCAUUCCCUGAGCUGUUAAGUAAUAUCUGAACAUUCAUCUAUUUAAAAAAAAAAAAAAAUCUUUAGAUGGAUUUUAUAGUUCUACAUAUUUCAUUAUUUCUGUUAUAUCUUUGGUACAAGCCUUUCCAUUUGAAAGCCUCCAGAAACUGCUUCAUAUUUCAGAAAUGUUUCACCUGCCCAAGUUAUUAAGUAUUUUUCAAUAUAAAGCAUAAAACACUUUUUUUGUCCAACUUUGACAUUUUAUAAAAUUUGAAUUUUAUAUUGUUUUUUUUUUAUCUUCUAGUCAUGAAGAGUUCUUUUGAUAUCAGUUUUUUUUUUUCUUGUUUGUUUGUUUGUUUUUUUAAUUGUACUUUCCUUUACAUGUUGAGUUAAUGCAAUUUUCAGAAAUGAUAUCACUUAGAGUCCUUUAGCAGUGACACAUUGCAGAAAAAAAUCUUUGUAUGUAUUUGUAAUUACUAUUUAGAUAUUUCCAAGGUUAUGUUUUUCAAUUCAAUUCUGUUUAGAUCUUAUAUUAUCCUAUCCUUUAAAAUAAGAGUGGACAGUUUCACUUAAUGAGAAGAUGAUAAAAAAAAAAAGUUGAUUUCCAUUCUUAGGGAUACAAAUCAUGAUUUGUAAUGGAAAAAUAAUUGUUUUGUUGAUGUAGAUCUUUAGCUGUAUAAUAUCUUUAUGUGUGUAGCUAGACCUUUGGUUAUUUCAAGUUAGAUUGUCUACAUUAAUUUUUUACUAUCUUACAUUACACUGACAAUUAGAUUUGGUUUUAAUUAGUGAUAAAGUGCCAUCAAAUAAAAUAACAUACUGGAUUGAAAUGGUCACAAAGGUCACAACUCUCUCACUGAAUCAGAUUUUAUGCUAGAUAUGGAUUACUUUCAUAAUACCAGUACCUCACAACUCUCUCACUGAACCAGAGUUAAUACUUGCUUUGGAUUACUUUCAUAAUACCAGUAC